CGGAUAGUCCCCUCUACUAAAUUCGCAUUGGAUUCGCACAUGUGAGCUGAGUAAUCAUGAACGCCAUCAUGGGGUUGCCGCAGCCUCGGUCCACCCCGCAUUCUCUAAAGCCGGGGCAAUUCGAACGCCGUGGCUGUUCACAUAAACCUCCCUUAGUGUCCAGACUUGUACAAUACUCUAUAUCGACCUCUUAUUCCUAUGUAUAUAUACACGUAACGAUCUUUGUACAUUCACGAGUCAUCAUUGUCGACUGAUUUUAAUUCCAUCACCGCAAUCUCUCAUUGUUCCAGCGUUCCCAAUACACUCUUCAAGAUGGUUAUCAAGCGCAACGAACCAUGCUAUGUCCUCGGUGUGGGCAUGACCAAGUUCAUCAAGCCUCGAGGAAAGGUCGAUUACACAGAACUCGGCUUCGAAGCUGGCAUCAAGGCCCUGCUGGACGCCCAGAUCACUUAUGACGACGUCGACCAAGGAGUCGCAUGCUACUGCUACGGGGAUUCCACUUGCGGCCAACGAGUCUUCUACCAAUUCGGCAUGACCCAGAUCCCAAUUUAUAAUGUUAAUAACAACUGCUCGACUGGAUCGACAGGCCUGCACCUUGCCCGCAAUGUCAUCAGCCACGGAGGCGCGGACUGCAUCAUGGUUGUCGGCUUCGAGAAGAUGAACCCAGGAAGUCUGCAGAGCUACUUCAACGACCGCGCAAACCCAACAGGCACAAGCUCCGAGAUGAUGAAGGCAACUCGAGGGAUCACCAAUGCUCCAGGUGCCGCUCAGAUGUUCGGCAAUGCUGGUCGGGAAUACAUGGAGAAGUACAUCUACCCCACACUCUUUUGGACAGAAUAUAUACUUACCAUUGCUAUUUAGGUACGGAGCCAAAAACGAAGACUUCGCCGAGAUCGCACGCGUCAACCACGAGCACUCUCAACGAAACCCAUACUCCCAAUUCCAAGACGUCUACACCCUCGAACAAGUCAUGAAAGCGCCCAUGAUCCACGAACCCCUCACAAAGCUUCAAUGCUGCCCCACAUCCGACGGUGGAGCUGCCGCGAUUCUGGUCUCGCAAGAUUUCUUGGACCAGCGCCCACAUUUGAAGGAACAAGCUGUUUUGAUCGCAGGUCAAUGUCUUGCGACUGAUUCGCCGAGUCUGUUCAGCAGAUCGGCGAUUGAUCUUAUGGGCUUUGAUAUGACGAAGUAUGCGGUCAAGGUCGCUAUGGAGCAAGCGAAUGUCACACCUGAUGAUGUGAAGGUCUGCGAACUUCAUGAUUGUUUCUCGGCGAAUGAGAUGAUUGUUAUUGAUGCACUUGGUCUCUCGGAACCAGGCAAGGCUCACGAGCUUGUCCGCAGUGGCGGUAUCACGUAUGGUGGAAAGGUUAUUAUCAACCCAUCCGGAGGAUUGAUUUCCAAGGGUCAUCCUCUUGGUGCUUCUGGUAUUGCUCAAUGUGCUGAAUUGGUCUGGCACUUGAGAGGAUGGGCAAACAACAGACUGGUUGACGAUACAAAAGUUUGUCUACAACAUAACCUUGGUCUGGGAGGCGCUGUUGUGGUCACGGUCUACAAGCGUGCUGAUGGGAAGUCGAACACUAAAGUUGAUUCGACUGAAGUUGGUAAGAGAAAUAAAUUGGGAUAUAAUCCUGCGGUUGAGGCGAAGGGAUUUACUGAGGCACAGGCAACGAGUGUGAGGAGUAAGACGAAGAGUAGUGCUUGGGCUUUACAAGAUGUGGAGAAGAAGGUUGAGGCUAGAUUUUGAGUGGCUAGUCGACUCAUUGUAUAUAAAUGAAAUGUUUCAGAAUCAUCAAACCCUA